AUGGUUCGAAAACUGACAUUUGGGCGUGUCUUCUCGAGAUCGAGGGAUACCGACCGACCUCCAGCACAUCCUUAUAAUCCACCACCACUUUCUCCGAUCAGCAUCGAUUUGCCUCUCUCCCAAGGCAGCAAGUUCAAGGAGGAAGCUGUUUCUGCCAUUUUCACGGCUACUGCCCCUACAGAGAGUAUUACAGGCUCACUCAGGCCGUAUCCCAGUCCGAAACUUCAAAAACGACCUCGCAGGGUCAUCACGACUGCACCUCCUAUACACCCUAUGUUUUUACAUAAACUCUCCCCGAUAUCUUCCGUGGCUAGUUCAACGGCUUCAUUUGAGGUUUCGUCCCCGCUCUCCACGACUCAACAACACAUUCCUUCUGGCGUGACUUCGUUCUGCCCAGCCACGCAUCCUGCUGAGUCUUUCACGGAAGACUACCGUCUCCAGAUCCCAUUCCACCAAAACCCCUACCUCACCGUCCUCGAAAAGACAUCUCCUGAACAAUUCAUGCGUUGUAUUCACCUCCUUCGCACGUCCCUCCCCACCAACCUCGAUGCGGUGCGCGAUAUCAUGCCAAAGCCCAACGGAUUCGUGCACACGGUGCUUGAGGCAUACAAUAACCAUCGUGCGCUUAUCCUCCGCCCGGACGACGUCUGGACCGCGAUCCUCAUACAGUUCAGCUUCUUCGUGAGUGCACAUGCCGAGCAACUUAGUGGGCACUUUGCAGCCCAUGGUCGGGAGGAACUCAUCAUCAUUGGCGAUCGAAAUCGUCACACGGCAGAUUAUGCAUUCUUGGCGCGCCAGAUGUUGGACCUUAUGCACACGCGUGUAGUGGAUCCGAUGCUGAGGGAUUGGAUUAUGCCUGAAUUUUCAACGACGACGGAUGUAGAUCGGACAGUGUACGCGAUGUCCAUGAUGGCGACGAUGAAAGAGUAUUUUCGCUACAAGUUUGUACUACGUUGUGGGAUACCGGUCGUGACCCUCCUGGGGGAGAGACAUGACUGGGAAGCAAUCCUUGAACGACUUGAACGACUAAAAAUAUACAGCAUAGAAACAAUAGCGUGGUAUCACCUCCUGCACCCCAUCAUCUCUCGAUUCGUAGCCGCCUUCGACGCGCCGUCCAGCUCCGAAAACCUCGAUUUCUGGUCCAAAGUCGCGCACUACGAGGGAGGCGGGAGCGGGCCGACCUACCUCUCAGGCUGGAUCACCGCAUUUUGCGUAUUCAAUGAGCAAGGCAUGUGGCAGGGUCCCCCGCUAAAUGCUGAGCGCAUGCGGGAAGACGCGCCAAAGAAACUGCUUCGUCCUAUAGAUCCACGGGUACUGAGUGCAGCCCAGUUUGCCGCAGUGUACACUUUCCGUGGAGCGUGGCGUCCUUUCCUGGUGCUCGAGGGGAUGCCUUAUCCAAUCAUCGAUGACGAAUGUGUACCUUGCGGGUACGCUUAUCUCGAUGUGAAACUGGAUGAUCACGGACACUUGCUCGAUACGGUGAUUGUUGCUGGUGCAGUUGGCACACAGAUCUGUUCGAACGAUAAAUCGGAGCUGUUUAAGAACGGGAUGCGGGACAGCGUAAGGCCAGUGGUAGGGUAUUGGUACUUUAUCACCGGGGCAGGGUGA